AUGGCAUCGCUUGCGGACCGAAUGCGAGGCAACGGGCGCAUCGCCGCUGGGCUCCUGCUUAACCUGCUGGUGUCCAUCUGCAUCGUGUUCCUAAACAAAUGGAUCUAUGUGCACCACGGCUUCCCUAACAUGAGCCUGACCCUGGUGCACUUCGUGGUCACCUGGCUGGGCUUGUACAUCUGUCAGAAACUGGACAUCUUUGCCCCCAAGAGUCUGCCGCCUUCCAAACUCCUCCUCCUGGCCCUCAGCUUCUGUGGCUUCGUGGUCUUCACCAAUCUCUCUCUGCAGAACAACACCAUAGGCACCUAUCAGCUGGCCAAGGCCAUGACGACGCCGGUCAUCAUAGUCAUCCAGACCCUGUGCUACAAGAAAACCUUCUCUACCAAAAUACAGCUCACGCUGAUUCCUAUAACUUUAGGUGUAAUCCUAAAUUCUUAUUACGAUGUGAAGUUUAAUUUCCUUGGAAUGGUGUUUGCUGCUCUUGGUGUUUUAGUUACAUCCCUUUAUCAAGUGUGGGUAGGAGCCAAACAGCAUGAAUUGCAAGUGAACUCAAUGCAGCUGUUGUACUACCAGGCUCCGAUGUCCUCCGCCAUGUUACUGGUGGCCGUGCCCUUCUUUGAGCCUGUGUUUGGAGAAGGGGGAAUAUUUGGCCCCUGGUCAGUUUCUGCUUUGCUUAUGGUGCUGCUGUCUGGAGUAAUAGCUUUCAUGGUGAACUUAUCAAUUUAUUGGAUCAUUGGGAACACUUCACCAGUCACCUAUAACAUGUUCGGACACUUCAAGUUCUGCAUCACUUUAUUUGGAGGAUAUGUUUUAUUUAAGGAUCCAUUGUCAAUUAAUCAGGGUCUUGGCAUGUUAUGCACGUUAUUUGGCAUUCUCGCUUAUACCCAUUUUAAACUCAGUGAACAGGAAGGAAGUAAGAGUAAAUUGGUACAGCGUCCUUAAUUGGGUUUUGGUGGAGAAAAGAAAGCCACCCCAAGAAGAUAAAAGACGUUAAGUGUGCAAGUUACCUUCAAAGAAGAAGAAAAAAUUACAUUGCCAA